GCGUUUAUGCAUCAGCACAUCACCUUCGUGGACACAACUUUCGCAUCAAAAUUGUUGACGAGGCACACCAUUUGGAGAUGAAGCACUCGAGCGGUUACACUGGAAUCAUCAAACACAGGAUCUCAAGCGAGCUGGCAGCCCACUUCACCGCCACCUUUUACAUGCCUCGGAACAUUGACUUCAGAUACGACCUGGACAGAGCCAUAGAAGAAGGUCACGUUUGCGAUUUUAUGAUUACGGUGCCGGUUGGUGCCACUCAUGAUAUGGAAAGUAUGGGUCGGUUUAUCCUGGAAAAUCGGGAGCGGUUGACGCCCAUGCUGGUGGCGCUGAAUCGUGUGCAGCGAGCCAAAAAGUUUGCAGAGGUCCUUUGCAAGUUCGGACUGUCGGCCAAAGCUGUCGAUGGGGGCUUGAACCACACCGUGCGGCAUGGGAUUAAGAAAGAUUUGCAAAAUGGAAAGCUGGACGCAGUUUCCGUGGUCAAUAUCUUCAAUGAGGGCACAUCCAUCAACGAGCUGAAGUCAGUGGUCUUCAUGGACAAACGGCAGAGUGCAAUCAACGUGAAACAGCUGGCGAUGCGCGUGACGCGAUUGCACGACACCAAACCCUUUGCCAAUGUGGUGCUGCCUUUAUGUGAUGGGAGCUUUGAUAGAGACAUCAGAAACAUCAUCAGGUCCCUGGCAGAGAUCCACCCACAGCUCAAAGGAAGAGGGCAAGAGCACUUCUGUAAGUGGUUCCAUUUCGUGCCUUUGCGAAAGGGGCAGAAUUCCAGCGAUCUGGAUGGCAUGGACUGGACCAAUGUUUCGACGGAGCUGUUUGAUCGUUAUGGGCGCUACCUUGGUGGUGGCAGAGGGAUGGAGGUCUUUGACCAACGUGUGCAGCAGCUGACGAACUUCAUGGAGGAACAUGAUCACCUUCCGCAGCGAAAAACACCUCACCAGGAUGAACGCAUGUUGGCAAGUUACAUCCUGUACUGCAGAAAGAAGUUCAGAGCCAAUGCCUUGAGCGAUGCCCAGAUCCUCCAACUACGAGAAAUCCCGCAGAUGGCGGAGUUCAUGGAGACAUGGGAUGAUGAGGUUCCAGAUCGUAUAGACACCUUUGCAGAGAGGUGCAUGAUGCUGAAGAAAUGGGAGGCGAUACAUCACCGGCUACCCCAGGGACAGCAUUGCAGCCAGGAGGAGAAGUUCCUGAUCCAUGUGUUGCACGAGGUUGGGCGAGCAUUCCGCGCUGGGCAGCUCACAGAGGAUCAGAUCCGUCAGUUGGAGGAGAUCCCAGGAAUGCCACAGAGGUUGGAGAAGUGGAAGCGGCUGAUGAUGAAGAAGGAAGCUCGAGCCAAAUGGACUUGGUCUGAAGGAUGUAAUGCCUUGAAGGAAUGGCUGAAGAGCCAUGGAAACAGAAAGCCACGCAGUGGUGGGGAGCUCCAUGAGUACGCCCUUUGGGAGUGGUUGUCAGCAGCCAGGAAGCGAUUCAUCAAGGGCCGCCUCAGGGAGGAAGAGAUUAGAGAACUGGAGCAGCUCCCUACCAUGAUGUGGGAGCUCCUACAGUGGGAAGCACGAUGGGGCCCAGAGGAACGUUGGCAGCAGCAUGCGCAGGAGUUCCAAAGUUGGGUGCAGAACCGCAGUUUUCCAGAGGAGGCUCUGGAAGCUUCUGCUGAAGAGAAACGCUUGGCCAUGUGGCUUCGCAUUGCCAAGUACAAACACAAGAAGGGAACUUUAUCAACUUCAAUGGAGGAAACAUUAACCUCGAUCCCCGAGCUCAGCAGCCUGUUGGAAUCACCCUCGCGACCACAGCCUUCAGAUCCGACUGAACCAAGCAGAAUAAGGGUGGUGCCCAGUGACAGUCCCGCCUUGCUCUGGCGGCGUAACUACUUAGCACUAAAGGCAUGGCAGGCUGUCCAUGGAGCCUUGCCCAAAGCUUCCUUUGGUGCGCAAGCGAAAACUCUUGCAAAUUGGUUGGCUAAAGCCAAGCAGCUCUACAAGCGGGGGAAACUGAGUCGGGAGCAAAUCCAAGACCUUCUGAAGAUCCCUGGCGCUUUUGAGCGGUUUAAUAAAACGAAACCACCAACCUUUGACGACGUCAUCACGAGAAUUCAGCUGUGGAUAAGCCAGUUUGGUAGCUUGCCACAAGCCUACAAAAAUCGGAGCGAGGAUCCGUAUGAGAAGUAUUUGACAAACUGGCUGGUGAAGGCCAUGAACAGGCACUUGGAUGGCAAACUGUCUCAGAAGCAGUCUACUUCCUUGCAGCAGCUUCAUGGUGUCAUGGAUCAGCUUGAGGAGAUCCGAAAACGGCGAUCUUCAUGGGAAGUGCAUUAUGAGCGCCUGCGUCAGUGGCUGGUGGAUCGUAAUGUGGAUCUACUUGCGAAUUGGAGGGACUUCUCCGAAGAGGAGCCAGAACUGGCCUGGUGGGUAGCCUAUCAACGGCAACGCUUUCUUCGCCGCCCCUGGCUAUUGUCGGAGGAGCAGGUUGAGCUGCUGAAGGCACUCCCUGGCUUCCAGACGUCCUUAGAGAAGUGGAACCAGUCGAAAGAGUCCCGCUUGUUUCAACAGCGUUGCGAUCUAGUUCAGUGCUGGGCCGACAAACAUGGUGGACAACUUCCCAGUGGAUCACAUGUGGGUGACUUGAUCUCUGCCGAGAGUGUCCUUGAUCCUGCUGGCCUCUUUUCUGACGACCAGAAUGAGUGGCACAUGAAUUUACUGAGCUGGGUCAAUCAAACUGUUGACAUGAUCAAUUUCAGGAAGUGCACCCAGUCCCAGCGAUACACUUUGAGGAAGUACCCAUGUUUCGCAAACUUGAUGCCCAAACCACAAGUGAAAGCAGAAGAGCCCUCUCGUUGGUGGAGGCGGUUUCGCCAGCUCAAGAGGUGGAUUUCAGUUUCUGAUCGCAUUCCGCGUAUCAGUACGGAUUCACUGAUGGAAAGAAAACUUGGACACUGGUUGGCAGACACACGCAAGUCUUAUUCUAAAGGGGCUUUGGACCAGGAUCGUUUAUCUCAUUUGUGGACGCUUCCGCCCGUGGCGACAUAUUUCACCCGUGUGACAACCCGGGUUGUUUUUUCGUGGGACGAUCAUUUCUCCUCGUUGCAAGCUUGGCUCAUGACGCAGAAUGGGCGUUUGCCUACAUGCUCCGGUGAUGAAGAUGAACGGAAGUUGGCGGUUUGGCUGCAGAAUUCUUGCGCCAAAGCACGGAAAGACGAAUUGCAGCCUGGACGACUUGCGAAACUGAAAGAAGUUCCUGGUUUGGGCCCUCGGCUGCGUGGGGAAUCGCCUCGAUUGCACCUUGUUUGGAAAGGCCACUAUGAUUCCCUGGUAGAAUGGUUGGAGGCACACGGUGGCAAACUUCCGUGUGGAAGCAGUGGUGCAGCGAAAGAAAGGCUCACGGCAUUUUGGUUGCACAACAAUUUGGUCAAGGCACAGGACGGAGACUUAGCGUCCGAGAAACAGGAGCAGUUGCAGGAAGCGUUGGGUCUUUCCAGCUUGGACUGGGGUGGGGAGAGUGGCUGCAGACUGUUGGAAGACUGGUUUAGCAUUCAUUUGCACCAACAUACUGUCUACAAAUGUAUUCCGGGAAGAAGAAGAGAACUUGUGGAGCGCGCAGCGGGCAAAUCCGCAGCGCACCAAGAAUCCAAUCCGGCAACAUCAGGACUGCGCCGUGUGCGCAUGCCCGUACCAUGGGGCACUAGCUUUCGAAGGUUAGAGGCAUGGUGCGAAAUUCAUGGGCGACUGCCACAUGUUGGGGCAAAGGCUUGGAGAGAGAGGACCUUGGCAAUUUGGUUGAAGAAUGCGGUGCAAGCGACCAGGCGGGGCAAUCUUGACCAAGAGCGCCUUGCUAAGCUCAGCCAGGUGCCUGGUGUCUCGGACAGACUUGAGACAAGAACCCAAAAAAGCAUUAGUAGAGUUGAAGCAUUCAAAACAUGGCUGUCUAAGCACAACAAUCAACCACCAUCACGCUGGAGCAGCGCUUUAGAGGAACGGUGCUUCGCCUUUUGGCUCGAGCGGAAGCUUUACCGCGCCCGGCAGGGGAAAGUGCCCACUGAGGAGCUUCAAAUGCUGAAAUCGAUCGAUUUUGUCGCGGAACAGUUGGGCACUAUAUAGCGCACUUGGAGUGACCGAAAUUUGCUUCGACGCGACUAGAAACGCAGCCGGCAUGCUAUGCCAAGAUUCUUGCAAAUAUCCAAGGUGAUCGCUCAGUCCUUCGGUCUUGGAUGAUCUGGGAUUCAGCGUGGUACGGCCGGAAGGGGAGGAUUCGCUGCUCAUGGUGCUCGAAAGAGAUGCCGGAGGCUUGAUGCUGAAGUCUUUGCUGCUUCACUCAGUACGCCGAGAAAAAGAGGGGUCAUG